AUGGACUUCCAUCUUGCCGCUCGAGGCCCGGACAGGAACUACACCGGGUUCCUCACAAAAACAAUCGUCUAUAUGGCCACUCUGGUCAUCUUCCUCCUCGCAUUCGCUUUUACUCUCUCCUCCAUCAUAAUCCCGAAGUGGAUCAGCUAUAAUAGUGACAAGCCUCCAAUCCACUACUCCUACGGUCUAACCAGUCGCUGUUCCUGGCUCUCAAAAACAUGCGAACCCUUUCCCCAACGUGACGACUGUCACGGCGAAGACCGAUACUUUUGCUCCAUGUGGCGCUCCGUCAGCUUCCUCAUGACCUUCGCCGUUGUUGUUGAGGGAAUCUGCAUUGUCGCGUACCUCGUCAUACUCACAGGUGGGAAACGACUGCGCGAGUCGGGGUGGAGGUUCCUUGCGUUUCUGAUCCUUAUUGCUGCCAUUGUGCAGGCGGCCAGCAUGGCAUUGGUGGCCUACCUGUAUGACAACGAGCCCCGCUUCUUCGCUGGUUGGAAACUCGACGAGUCCUGGGCUUGUUGCACCGCUAGCUGGUGCUUGACUGUGCUCUGCGCGGGAGCUAUCGUUAUUGCGGCCAAGACGCUUCCAUCGGAGGGUGGUUAUGAGUUGAUUCCCGACCAGCUUUAUGAAUGA